CACAGCUGUUUUUGCCGUGUCAUACUUUCCAAAAGUGUGUCCAUUCAAGGAUAUUCAUAAACCAACUGUGGCCUCGUGAAUACGGUCUUUCUCAUUCUUGUGUUCUUCCUAGUUCAAAGUCUGUCAUUCACGAUUCAAGAAAGUGUUUUCUGUCGUUGUUCUUCAAAUGCCUCAAGAAAGAACCAAACCCAUGGAGAAGACUGCUCAAUUUCGUCCCUCUGACACUGAACUGAUAAUGCAAUUGAUGAAAUUUGUGGCUGGAAAAUGCUUACCAACUGAAGAAUUGAUUGUCUUUGCAGAUGUUUACAGCAAAGAGCCAUGGCAUUUAAUUGGAGACAUUAGUUCCAAGAAAACCCAUUAUUUCCUCACCCAAUUGAAGAAGAAGAAGCCCACUGAUGCCCGAUUCAACAGAACUACUGGUAAUGGCACUUGGACACAGCAGAAUAAAGGCAAGAAAAUUCUUGAUGAGGAUGAGAGUCUGAUUAUUGGGUUUAAAAGAAGCUUGAGUUACAAGAACAAGAAAGACUCCUCUUUGAAUGGCUGCUGGUUGAUGAUGGAGUAUUUCUUGGCUGACUCUCUUCUUCGUGAGUUGAAAUCUAAGGAUGCAAAAGAAUUUGUAAUAUGUGCGAUUAAGAAGAACCCCAGAUCAGAAAUCCGAGGAAAUAGUAUUGCUACUGUUGUAGAGUAUAAGAGGUUCAUUGAUCGUGUGGUUCAUCUCCAAACAUCACCCGAAGAAGAACAGAGUACUAUGAUUUUGUCUAACAAAAGUCCUGUGAUGUUGGAGAGCACUUCCUCUCAUGUUUUUUCUGUGGAACAAUUAGAACCAAAGGAUGGAAUGUUGGUUCUUGCUAAUUAGACUGAUUCUGAUGAAUUCUUUGGAAUGCUGAACGUAGAAAAUCAAGAAUGCUAUUAUCAGGAAGGUGAUGAGGUAGAAUUUGAUUGGGAAUCUAUAUUGGAUCUUGGGGAUCAUGGUUUAGUGCAGAAUGACUUGCUUUACUAAUUCUUGAAAAUUGAAACUUGGUAGAUUUCUGAAAAGGGUAUUUUUUGUUUUUGAGUUUCUUUGAAAUCCAAGAUAACUUUUUUUUUAGAUUAGGAUAUCUGUGAAAUCUUAGGGAUUCUGACAUUGAUUUAUUGGAUAUUUAGAUUAUGUUGGUGUUACAAUAACAACCAACACAUUUUUUCAUCAUCGAUUUUGUGCAAUGUAGAUCAUAUUGUCGUUUUCUCAAGGUCUCAGUGACUCUUAGAGUUCAUUCUAAUUGUUUAUAAUGAAAAGUUCAAUUAUGGAAGAUGCUCUUUUUUA